AUGACGACAGUGCAAAAGAUCAAGGAGAUCGAGGAUGAGAUGAACAAGACGCAGAAGAACAAGGCGACAUCGUAUCACUUGGGACAGCUGCGAGCCAAGCUUGCUAAGCUCAAGCGCGAGCUGAUCACUCCCUCUGGAGGCGGUGGUGGUGGUCCGGGAAUUGGCUUCGAUGUGGCCAAGACGGGUGUGGCAUCUGUUGGGUUCGUCGGCUUCCCCUCAGUGGGCAAAUCGACAUUGAUGUCGGGUUUGACGGGGACGACGUCCGAAGCGGCAGCGUACGAGUUUACCACCCUCACAUCGGUGCCCGGUACGAUGAAGGUGCACGGUGCGCCGAUCCAGAUCAUCGAUCUGCCGGGUAUCAUCGAGGGUGCCAAGGACGGCAAGGGUCGUGGUCGUCAAGUCAUUGCCGUUGCACGAACGUGCAAUCUCAUCUUCAUCGUCCUCGACGUAGGCAAGCCGCUGAAGGACAAGGCGAUCAUCGAAAACGAACUCGAAGGCUUCGGUAUCCGACUCAACAAGAAGCCCCCCAACAUCGUUGUGCGCAAAAAGGAAAAGGGAGGCAUCGCAAUCACCAACACCGUCCCCCUAACGAAGCUCGACAACGACGAAGUCAAAGCGGUGCUCAGCGAAUACAGGAUCAGCAACGCAGACGUGAGCUUUAGGCAAGACGCAAAUAUCGAGGAGCUCAUCGACGUUAUUGAAGGCAACCGAAUCUACGUACCCGCCAUCUACGUUCUCAACAAGAUCGACUCGAUCUCCAUCGAAGAGCUCGACUUGCUCUAUAAAAUCCCCAACUCGGUCCCCAUUUCAUCGCAACACUGGUGGAACGUCGACGACGAGCUGGUGGAGAAGAUGUGGCAGGAACUGUCCUUGGUGCGCGUCUAUACCAAGCCGAGAAAGGCUUCGCCCGACUAUUCGAGUCCUGUGGUGUUGAAGACCGGAAGGUCUACGGUGGAGGACUUUUGCAACGCCAUCCACAAGGAGAUUAUCAAGCAGUUCAAGUUCGCCAUGGUAUGGGGAAAAAGUGCCAAGCACCCCCGAGGGCAGAGGGUCGGCGCGGAUCAUGUGUUGGAGGACGAAGACUGCGUGACGAUCUUCAAGCGCUAA